CCGCCCUCGCUGUGCGGGGGCGGCGGCAAUGUGUGGAAUCGCUUUGGUCGUUUCAGGCUGUCGCCUUGAUUUAUCGUCUCUACAUGUAGACGCCAGAGCUUCGUCUCCUCAUCCAGUGCACGAGGAUCUCGAGUUUUCGAUAGAUGAUCUUAAAGCGGCAUUGCGGAGAAGGGGCCCCGAUAGCUUAGGCGGAGUGAAGGUUUUUAUUUCCUCAAUAUGUUCUAAUCCUGGUGAAGUGCAGCAGUUUGAGUGUUUCGUUGAGAGGGUUGAUUGUGGAGUUGCAUUUCAAAAUCAAAAUGAUCAACACGAGAUGGAAAAUGGAAGGAUUCUCCAUUCACAUGACAGUUGUAGUAGUCUCAUCUCUGGUGCGCAGUUUUAUUUUCUGGGGGCUACAUUACAGCUUAGAGGGCUUAACCCUAUUGUUCAGCCACUGAUGGAUGCUUCCCGCAAUGUUCUUGUUUACAAUGGUGAAAUAUUUGGAGGAAUACACGUUGAGUAUCAUCAAAAUGAUGCUGAAGCUCUUAUGCAAGCUCUUGGGAAUUGUUGCGCAAGUAAUGUUAGUUUAGAUACGAGCACAUGUGUAGGGGAAUGUAAGAGAGAAAGCACUAUUGUAGACGUUCUUUCAAACAUUCAAGGGCCAUGGGCAAUCAUCUACUUCGCGGAUAGUGCAAAAACUUUGUGGUUUGGUAGGGAUGCCUUUGGUAGGCGAAGUCUUCUUGUUCACUGGCCAACCGUGGAGGAUUCUCGGUUUCUUUUGUCUUCUGUAUCACCAGCUUCCUCCAUGUUUCACGACUCUGGACAUGACAAUGAUAAUGGUACUUGUGAAGUGAGCUUCUGGGAAGAACUUCCAUGUGGGAUUUACAGCAUCUCUUUUGAUGCUCGGAGCACGGACGGUUGCCUGGUUGGUGAAGUCAAAAGGCAUGAAUGGACCAAUGAGUCACUGAAAGAACUUGUCGAGUGGAAGAGAACUUGUAUAGUACCUAAACCUGGAGACAUCUCCUCUUCAUAUCACGAGGAUCUUUUGUCACAGCAUGAAAGUAAUUCAGCAUGUUUGCAUAACUUGCAAUCAGUAUCAGAGGGUAUCCAAGCUCCUGUUUCAACACCUGCGGAGAUUCUGCUGGAUGCUCUAAGGAAGUCUCUUAUCAGGCGUACUUCACUUUAUACAAUUUUCCAGGGUACAACAUCUGCUUCCAGAAAAGCAGAACUUGGUCCUGUGGCCAUUCUUUUUUCCGGUGGAUUGGAUUCUAUGAUACUAGCAGCAUUACUGGACGAGUGCCUUGAUGCCUGUUAUGUGAUAGAUCUUCUUAAUGUCAGCUUUGAUGGAUGUUCCGCGCCUGAUCGAAUCUCAGCGAAGGCUGGAGUUCAGGAACUGACAAGAAUUGCCCCUCUAAGAAGGUGGAAGCUGGUUGAGAUUGAUGCUGAUUUGUCAAAUUUGACCUCCGAAACCAAGCAUGUCAUGUCUCUAAUAAAUCCUGCAAAUACAUACAUGGACCUGAAUAUUGGAAUAGCUUUGUGGCUGGCCUCUGGUGGCGAUGGUUGGAUUUAUGAAUCAAUCGACAAGGAUGAUAAGUUUCAUCGACGUGUAAAAUAUAAGUCUCAGGCCAAGAUUCUCCUUGUUGGUUCUGGUGCCGAUGAGCAAUGUGCUGGUUAUGGUAGGCAUCGAACAAAAUAUAGACAAGGGGGCUGGCAUCUUUUAAAUGAGGAAAUGAAGUUGGAUAUUCAGAGAAUCUGGAAGAGAAAUCUUGGGAGAGAUGACAGAUGUAUUGCAGAUAAUGGGAAGGAGGCUAGAUUUCCCUUUCUGGAUGAAGACGUUAUACAUACAUUGCUAGCAUUUCCUCUAUGGGAGGUUACCGACCUCGAGAAACCUGCUGGAACCGGUGAUAAGAAGAUACUUAGGGAGGUUGCGAAAUUACUCGGUCUGCACGAAGCAGGGGCUCUACCUAAAAGAGCAAUACAGUUUGGCUCAAGGAUUGCGAGGGAAUCAAACCGCAAGAACUUCGGAAGCAACCGGGCUGCUAAUCAGGCCUCAGCAGGAAGUGUGAAGUUCAACAAGCAUUCUGUUCUUCAGUAGACUCAUCCUCUGGCUCAAGGCAGUAGAAUACGAGCAGCUGAGCUUUAUCUAUACGGGAUAAGUUGAAGAGAACCCAGACUCGUUAUUCUGGUCAGAGCUAAAAGGGAAGAAAUGGGCAAUUGCCCUGUUUUCUCUAAUUUGCUAUCUCAAUUAGAAAGUUAAAAUGGAAGAGUUUGCUGAAAUUUUUGGCUUCACACUUUGAAGCAACACCUCUUUAAUACACAGUAUAUUUGUGGUCAUAAUUGCAUCUAAUCUAUCCCAAAUAGUGUUUGGAUUUUGAGUAGAAUUAAGCUGCUGUUUUAGAUUGAUGUAGUCAUUUGACUGAGUUGAAUGUUUACUGUAGAAGAUGAACACAGAUAUAUAUUGUGGAAGAAGGGAUGGAUAAAUCCUUGUGGUUUAUUGUGAUGAUAA